GUCGGUACAAACGUGUGAUACAUAUACAUUAGUGUUAGAAAGGCAAGAUGUCCGCCAGAAUACUAGAAAUACUAUCCCUUGUGGCGAAGGGCCUCAACGCGCUCAGCAGAAUCCAAGGCAGCCAGCCAGAACCUGCGAGAGACAACACACAAAUCAAUGAGGCAAUGGAGAUCAUCCGGAAACAACAAAAAAACAUCGAACAGCUAAUGCAAGACCAGCGGCAACAGGACCAGGUGACUGAGAAGCUUCUGUCACUACUAGAAAAGAUGAAUGAAAAUAUAAAUGGAUCGUCAGCAAUGAAUUCAAACAACAUGCAAAAUAUGUCUCUAGUUCUUAACUUUCCUGAGGACUCGGAGGACUGCAGUUCGAUCGUCCAUUCUCUCUAUUGGACUCUUCGAAACGCCAUGAACCAUUCUCAAAGGAGCGUCAUGGGAGGGGAUCCCGGGAGGCCUCUGUUGCAGCUGACUAAUGAUGAAGACAACAUGACACGCUCGGAUUCCUUUGUUCAGGAUUCGCCCCGCAGUUUCGAACAGAGUUCCGCAGCCUACAGCCCCACAGCGCCGCCCUUCGAAGCCAGUGCAAAUCGGGACGGUGAUGAAGCAUGUUGCAGAAAGGCCUCUGUAUGUUGCUCUUCCUGUAUUUUCUUUUCUUUUCUCUUCUGUAUCUUUCUCUCUAUAUUUUUAUUUACCUAUGUACAUAUCUCUUUCUGUGAUCUCUUUCUGUGUGUGUGUGUGUGUGAGUGCGUUCGU